AACCAUCAUUCGCUUUCCUUCAUUAUUACCCUUCGUUCUACCGCGACUGCUUUCCUUCUCGCAUACUUUGUUGCCGUGCUGGUGUCCUCAGCUCCAUCUGCUCCUCAGUCUUUUUAACGUCCUUAGCUCGUCUGGCUUGUGACCAGCCUUGGUUUCAUCAGCACAACGUCAGACCGAGCGUUGGUAACCCGUUCGAUUAGUGGUAACUCGGUUGAACGAGAACAUCCAGUCCAAAAUGGCCGACGCGAUGCAGACGGACGGCGGAGAUGCGAAGCUGCCUGAGCUCAAACUCGACGCGCGGCAAGCCCAAGGGUUCCUCUCCUUCUUCCGCUCGCUCCCGCCGGCGCCUCAAACCAUCCGCUUCUUCGACCGCCGCGACUACUACACGGUGCACGGCCCCGCCGCACUCUUCGUCGCGCGCGUCUUCUACAAGACGCUCUCCGCCCUGCGCUACCUCUCCGCGGGCGGAGCCAGCGCGGGCUCUUCCGCCGCUUCCGCCAGCGAUGCCGCUGCGCUACCCAGCGUGAGCGUCAACCGCAGUAUGUUCGAGUCCAUCCUCCGCCACCUGCUCCUGGAGGAAGGGGGAGCCGGCGCAAUGGGCGCAACGGGCGGAAGCGGAGCGGGGGGCAAUGGCGGGGAGGGUGGCGGAGAUGGCGGCGGUUCCAGCACAGGUGGCGGCGGGGGUGGGUAUUCGACGGUGGAGCUUUACGAGGGCAGCGGCGCCAACUGGCGGCUCGCGCGGGCCGCCACGCCGGGGCGGCUGACUGCCUUCGAGGACGUGCUGUUCGCGACGCGGGACAUGGGCGACUCGCCGACGGUGUGCGCCGUGAUCGUCGCCGCGGCCGCGAAGGACGGCGAGCGGCGCGUGGGGCUGGCGUUUGUGGAUCUGACGAAGCGCGCCCUGGGAAUGACGGAUUUCCUGGACGACGAGCAGUACACGUGUCUGGAAUCGGCCCUCGUGGCGCUGAGCUGUCGCGAGUGCGUGGUCCCGCAGGAGGGGGGCGGCGGAAGCGGAGGGGAGGGGGAGGGGGGCGGAGAAGAAGGGGGGUAAGUCGCCCGAGGCGCGGAGAUUAAGAGACGUAAUGACGCGAUGCAACGUGCUGAUAGUCGAAAAGAAGCGGGCGGAGUUUAAACCGCGCGACAUAGAGCAGGACUUAGGCAGGCUCCUAAGAACGGCGGGUAAGG